UCGACGGUCACCGUGAUGCUUCUGCCAGCGUGUCUCCGCCGCUGCGCGCGGCUUCUGUACUGGAUACCUGUUACGAUCAUUAUCGUGGUUGUGAUGUGGUCAUACUACGCCUAUGUCGUGCACUUCUGUUGGAUCCUGCUUACCUGUGCAACACAGAGAGUGGUGUUCCUUUGCCUGUUCCACGUGUGUUUUGGGAUGUUCUCAUGGUCAUUUUGGAAAGCAGUGUCUACUCCACCAUCCUCUCCUUCUGAGGAGUUUCAGCUCUCCUCUUCAGACUCGCUGCUCUAUGAGCAGGAACAUGGUGGUAUGGAGAAGAGUCAGAUUCUUUUGGAAAUCUCCCAGAAGCUUCCAGUUCAUACACGUACAGCAACCGGAGCUAUCAGGUUCUGUCAUCACUGCCAAUUGAUAAAACCAGAUCGCUGCCAUCACUGUUCCGUCUGCCAAAUGUGUGUACUGAAGAUGGAUCAUCAUUGCCCCUGCAUGUUCAGGCUGAAUAACUGUAUUGGAUUCUCCAACUAUAAGUUCUUCAUGCUCUUCCUCUUCUACUCACUGCUGUACUGCCUCCUCAUCAUCGCAACGGUUACACCGACCUUCAUCCAACUGUGGCUGGGAAAACUGUUUGAUAGUUGUGUUAAACUGCAUGUCUUGUUCCUGACACUGGUGUCGGCCAUGUUUGCUGUUACCCUCUGUUUUUUGCUCUUCUUCCACAUCUGGCUGCUUGCCAGCAACAAAACAACUCUUGAGUGGCUGUCAGUCCCCUUUUUUGCGGAUGGACCCGGAAGUGACGCAUUUGAUGUGGGUGUCUGCGCAAACUUCUUACAGGUGUUUGGAAAGAAAAAGAGACUCUGGCCAUUUCCAGUAUUUAGCAGUCAAGGGGAUGGACAUUCAUUCCCCUUGAGAUGGCAGAUGUCGACUCGCAGUCCUUCAGUGAUGAAUGGAAAUGGGCAUUGUGUCAUGGAAGGAACUGUGGUCUCACCUGAGGGGGUCUUUGUUACCAUAGCAGUGGAUGACUAGCAGUAACGAGAUAAGGUUAACGAAAUGCGUUAUGUGACAUUGUCACAGUGAGGCGAUUUUAGAAAGAUCUCAAUCACAGGUUAAGCUUACAGGAGUGGCGGGCGGCCCUCAGGGAGAUGAGGGUUGAGGGUGAACACCUGCCCGCAUGCUCAGUUUUCACCUGGAACACUUCCUAAGGGAGCGAUCAGGUCUCUGAAACCUCUCUUUUACUGAUCAGGGUGUGAGAGAGCUUUAUCAGGUGUCCCUGUGAUAAUCUUUUAAAUUCAAUAUUUUGUGCUGAAAUGUAGUGGUGUUUUUCUGUUGUGGCAAUAAAAUUCUAGCUUUAUGAUGACACUAUUAAAUAGUGUCUUAUAGGAUUAUUGAAUAACAGAUUUAAUGAAAAAAUAAAGACAAUUCAUUUAAUACAAAA